AUGGGGUGCUGUGGCUGCACAAGUUGUGGUGGUGGCUGCCGUGGCUGCUGUGGCAGCUGUGGUGGCGGCUGUGGCAGCUGCACCACCUACAGGUGCUACUGGGUGGGCUGCUGCUCCUGCUGCGGCUCCCGUGGCUGCGGCUCCCGUGGCUGCAGCCGUGGGAAGGGCUGCUGCUGGAAGCAGUGCCCUGCUAGGCGGGCGGCCUCUGCUAGCGUGUGCCCAGAUGGCGCUGGCCUGUUGGUGCCACUUUCCCCCAACUCCUCCAUUUCUCCUCCCACGACCUGCCAGUCCAUCCCAGGUCCUUAA